GAGGACCCGGGUCCGUCUCAAGGCCCAUCGACCCAACGACGCCGGACGGACGCCGUUUCGGACGAUGCGAGCUCUGGCGAUGAGGCCGACGGCCAUGCGACGCAAGGCGACGGGCUAGACGACAUGGUCAAGAAGCUGGUGCGAUUGGCGUUGGCCUGCGAGUACCAGCGGCGGCCGAUCCGCAGGACCGAGAUCAGCGAGAAAGUCCUCGGCACCAACGGUCGACAGUUCAAGGCGGUAUGGGCACGAGCGCAAGAUCAGCUCAGCCACGUCUUCGGGAUGGAGAUGGUGGAGCUGCCGGUGCGAGAGAAACUCACGUUGCAGCAGAGGCGAGCUGCGCAGAAGGCCCCGGCGACCAAACCGACCGUAUCGUGGAUGCUUACGACGAAGCUGCCAUCCGAGUUUCGCGAUCCGGUGGUCCUCCAACCCCCGGCCGUGCCAACCGCGAGCGAGGACAGCAAGUAUACGGGAAUUUACACAUUAUUGGUUUCCCUGAUCAGCCUAUCGGGAGGCAGCCUGCCCGAUGCGAAAAUGGAACGCUGUCUGGCACGGCUCCAGAUGGAAGACCGCACACCCAUCCCGGAAUACGAUCGUACGGAGAAGCUGAUCAAGCGCAUGGAGAAGGACGGCUACAUCGUCAAGGUCAAAGAGAGCUCCGGGGCCGGCGACGACGACAUCUAUUGGGUCGUCGGACCGAGGGGGAAGGUGGAGGUCGGCGAGGACGGGGUCCGCGGUCUGACCAAGACCGUGUUCGGCACGAUGGAGACCGAAGCAGACGAGGAAGAGCUCGAGCGCAAGAUCGCUCGUUCUCUGGGCCUGGGUGAGAAACCCGACUCGAGAAAGGCGGCGGCACCACCAGCCGAAAGCACACGUCGCGGUAGAAAUGCGCCAAAUGGCGGCAAUCGGCGUGCUCGCAACAACAAUGGAGACGAUGACGGAGAAGCUGAUGACGAUGAAGAAAUGGACGAAGACGAGUGA